CAUGGACUUCCCCUUACAGGAUACAGUACCGCAUGGUCCACACAGGCCACACAGGGACUUCCCCAUGGACUUCCCCUUACAGGAUACAGUACCGCAUGGUCCACACAGGCCACACAUGGACUUCCC